AUGUCUAACCAGCCAAUACAAUUUGAGCGUUUCACCAUCCUCGCCAAUGCAUACUACACCAGCAUUGGCCUGGACGCGUACGAAAAAACCGGGCAGCGCACGAGCAAUAUAAGACGUCGAUUGUUGAGCAUAUUUUUCAUCUUCACAAUUGCCAAUAUGAACAUAACCUUACUCAGUGAAUUGCUAUACAUUUUAAUGGCCUUCGUCAGUAACAACAACUUCGUUGAGGCAACAAUGCUUUUAUCAUUUGUGGGUUUCGUCAUUGUGGGCGAUGUCAAAAUCUACAGUAUUUGGCGGCAACGUGAGCGCAUUAGCGCCAUGAUACAAGCGCUACAUGCGCUUUAUCCCCAAACGCUGGCCGAGCAGGCGAAAUAUGCUGUGGAGCGGGAACUGCAGCGUUACAAGAGAUUCGCUUAUGCAUUCGUACUGCUGCAUGAGCUGCUAGUCUGGAGUUAUAAUCUAUUUCCGUUACUCAACUAUUUCAUCUAUGAAGUUUGGCUGACUUGGCGUGUCGUGGGCAAAACGCUGCCCUAUAACUGUUGGACACCGUUCGAUUGGCACAAUAGUGAUUGGCGCUAUUAUACCAUGUAUCUGACGCAAAUCGCUGCCGGACAAGCGUGUCUCUCCGGACAAUUGGCCAAUGAUUUGCUGUUGAGCGCGGUGGCAGUGCAGUUGAUAAUGCAUUAUCGGCAACUGGCGCGGCGCAUAGAGGCGCAUGUAGCAGACAGUAGAGACGACAGCGCCAGUAAACGGCGUGGAGAAAGUGCUAACGAGUGUGCUGCACAUGAUUUACAUUUUCUGCGCACCAUUAUUGCCUAUCAUCAGCAGAUUCUAAACAUAUCACAAGUUUUGAACGAUGUCUUUGGCAUUUCGCUCUUCAUCAAUUUUACCUCUACCGCGCUGAUUAUCUGCUUUGUGCUCUUUCAAAUCACCAUAGGUGCGAAUAUCGAUUCAAUCAUUAUGUUGGCGUUCUUUCUCUUCUGUUCGCUGGUGCAAAUCUUUCUCAUUUGCUACUAUGCACAGCAGCUUCUGGAGGCGAGCGAGUACAUCAGCUUUGCUGUUUACAAUCACAAUUGGUUCGUUGCUGAUUUGCGUUAUAGGAAAAUGUUGAUAUUUAUUAUGGCACGCGCACAGAAGCCAUCGAAAUUGCAAGCCACUUCUUUGGUGACAGUUUCUAUGUCAACCAUGACUGAUCUACUUCAAUUAUCCUAUAAAGGCUUUGCCGUUAUUCGAACGAUGUAUGCACGAGAACCGAAGAGCGUUUCUAACUAA